AUGGUGAAAGGCAACCUGAGUGUCACCCCAGAGUUUCUCCUCCUGGGACUGUCAGAGGUGCCUGAACACCAGCCCUUCCUCUUCUGUCUGUUCCUGACCAUGUACCUGGUCGCCAUAGUGGGGAACCUGCUCAUCGUCCUGGCCAUCAGCGCCACCUCCACCCUCCACACCCCCAUGUACUUCCUCAUAGCCAGCCCGUCCUGCGUUGAUGUCUGCUUCACCUCUGUCACUGUACCAAAGAUGCUGCUAAACAUGCACGCCCAGAGCCAAUCCAUCUCCUAUGGCCGGUGCCUCGCCCAGAUGUAUUUUCUCAUCUUGUUUCUAGAACUGGACAAUGUCCUCUUGGCACUGAUGGCGUAUGACCGAUUUCUGGCCAUAUGUCACCCUCUUCACUACACCACCACCAUGAGCCCCAAGUUCUGCAUCAUGUCAGUGUCCGUGGCUCUGAUUGUCACAAAUGUCUAUCCCCUGGUCCACACCCUCCUGAUGAGUACGCUGUCAUUCUGUGCAAGUGUCAGAAUCCACCACAUUUUCUGUGAGCUCUACGCACUGCUGAAGCUCUCCUGCUCAGAUACCCACACCAGUGAGCUGGUCGUCUACACCAUGGGGAGCUUACUUUUUGUCUGUCCCUUCCUCUUUCUCUCUCUCUCCUACGUACGCAUUUUCUCAGCCAUCCAAAGGCUGCGUUCUUCCCAGGGCAAGCUGAAAGCCUUUUCCACGUGCAGUUCCCACCUGGCUGUGGUGUCACUAUUCUAUGGGACCCUCUUCGGGCUGUAUCUGCGCCCUUCCUCCUCCUACACAGCCGAGGACUCGGCGGCCACGGUGCUGUACGCGCUCGUGGCCCCCAUGCUCAACCCCUUCAUUUACAGUCUCAGGAAUAAAGACAUGAAGGGGGCCCUGAGGCACCUCCUGAGCUGGAGGAAGGGCUGGUCUUGGUGA